AUGGCCGUUUCAGUAGCUUCGGCUGUAAAAACGCCCCGAGACUGGAUCGACCACUAUUAUGAGAAGUUUGAAGCUGGAAUCCCAAAUGGAUCUGAGAAAGAAACUGAAGCGCGAGAUGGACUACUGGCCAAGAUCGAGUGGCUCCAAGAACGAUUCCAACGGCUCGAACAGGUUGGUGCGGAGCAACCUACGGUCUUCGAUACGAUAUCAGCCAUGCGGGCCCGAUUGCCAAAUGUCCUU